UUGUUUUUUUGAUCCGGAUAUAAUUCUCAUGUCGAAAAGAAACUUACGUAAAAGUGUACAUAUAAAAUUUCAAAUAAACUAAUUUGUAGAUUAUAUAGCUGGUAAAAAAUAUGUUUUUCGAUAUAAUAAAAAUUUGUAUUAUAAUAUAAUCUAACAACCCCGCGCUUUCCAAGCACGGGUCAAAAUCUAGUUAGUGUUAAAUGUGAUCGUUUUCUAAAUGUUCUAAUGUAUUCUUUGUUCAUAUGAACAUAGUAUAAAUAUCAAUAUGUAACAUCGAAUCUUUCAUAUUAACCAUAUACAUGUAACAUAAGUAUUAUAUAGUUGUAAAUAUAAUAUCAAUUUAAUAUUAAUGUUAAUGCCCGCACAUGCGUGCGGGAGGUCCACCUAGAUCAUCUUUAUUUUAGAUUUCAUGACAAUUCUUCCUUUUUUUUUAUAUGAUAAAAAUGUUUUCAAAUUAAAAGAAAUUUGAAUUAGCCUCAUGGCUAAAAAAAAUGAUUUUAAGUAAACUGAAUCAAGUGAUUCAGCAAAUGGUAGUAUAAGUGAAUCUCCAUCAUCACUUGUGUCGCCAUUCAACCGAUCAUUUAUCAAGGAAGCCAUAAGCGCUAGGUUUAAAUUAUCUAGUGUGAAGGUUUCACGAGGGUGUUUGCCAAUGAUUCCACAGCCUAGGGUCGUACUAGAUUGUGUAGAGCAUUUGGGUCAAGCGUAACAUACACAUAUCAUGUGGUAUCAGAGCAAAUAUCUGGAAUCAGUAUUAUCUUUUCAUCUUUACUUUUUUUCCCAUCAUCAUCUACUUUUGUGUUUCUUUUCUUUUCAAGAAAAACAGUUUAAAAAAAAAAAAGCCAAUAAAAUAGAGUACAUUGAAAAAGAGAGAAAAUAGACAAUAUCAAUAAAGUCUGGUUCAGUUUCUAAAGUUUUAUCAUUUCUUUACUUUCUAUCUUUGUUUUCUACUUGGAUCAUUUGUGUUUUGGGUGGUCAAGGACUAACAUUGGAUUUGAUCAAAAAAAUCUGGUUCAGUCACAAUCCAACACAGGCACCCCUUCAUUAAACUCAAUUACAACCAACAAGAAAAUGCAAAGUAUUGGAUUUGACAGAUUUUGAGUAUGUUUCAAUGAGCUUAGAAGCAGAAGGCAAAACUUUACUAUGUGCUAUUCAACUUUGUUAGACUUUAGGAUAGAAACACAUUAUUUUUAUACGCAACUAACAAACUUUGGUACAUGUCGUAGAAACCCUUCAACCGGAUUCUCUUCAUCAAACAUAUGAUCUCUGGUAUUCAGUUUUGGGAUAAUAAAUAUACAUCACUUACAUAUAAUUUUGUGGCUCAUGUUUUAGCUUAAAAGAAACCUCCAAAUGGUGUAUUUGAUUAUAUGAUUGUAUUUAUCCACUAAUAUGGUUAACUCCAUCUUUUAAUUCAGACUUGCAACUUUCGAGUUAAAAACACACACAUUUGACAAAAGAAAAAUAUCCGCGGGCUUACGAUGGUGGGCCUUCCCGUGGACUUAAAAGUGGGAUUUCAUUGAAUGUGCUUUUGGAUGCUGGACCAGACUACGUUUUCAACCCUUUCCAAUAUUCUGUAGUCGGCCCAUAAAAAUUGUUUUGUUUCUCGAACAUGAAAAAUGUAAAAGGAUCAAUGUGGUACGUGCGAUCCAUGUGGAUCUCUGUGGUCAUAGUUGUUGAAACGGAGACGGAAGGAUUUAAGCAUGGAAGGGAAGUGAAUACAUCCAAAUUCUACGCGCGUUGAAUCUAUGCUUGCUUUGUGUCUUCUUUAUUUACCGUUAAAAACCUUACGGAACCCAAUUGAACACGUCUUACGUGUGACCUAACUCCUCAAAAGACUACACACAACCCUACAUUUUGUUUUUGUUGCUAUUCUUAUAAUAUACAAAGAAAAUGAUUACAUAAUAAAAGGAAGAUAUUUAUCAAAAACAUUAAAAAAAACGUAGGAAAACGACAAUGAAAAGUGCGAAUGUUUGCUUUUGUUUCAUGUUAGAUACUGCCUAACUGCGUAAUCUUGAUAACGAGACUCCAAGAGAGAAUCAAAACCUCAAGCAAAAUAGUUCAAUUAUUUAUGAGGAGCUUCGUUAUAAAAUAUUUUUGUUUCUUUAACAAACAAUAGAAAUAAAAAUCAAACUAUUAUUUCAUAGAUUGCGAAUAACAGUCAGGUCAGGUUCAAAUGCAUGGAGUAUGCUGUAACACCCAUCAUUUGCUUUUUCUUUUCCUAAUAUCUUUAAUCAACAACUAUUUCUAAGUUCAUUGUUUAGAUUAAAUCUUCAAAGCAUAAACGGCUUAGAAUAUAAAGCUUCCGGGAGUUCCACUAGAACAUGACUUAUUUAUAAAGGAUUCUGCCAAUUCACUUACCAUCUGAUUCGAUUAGAUGCGGCUCCGCUUUGAUAAUAUGUUAAAUUUGGGUUUAUCAUGAAUGUCUGACUUUAAAAUAAUUUUAAAAUAAUGAAUAUUCUCUCCAACAUCCAUUCUCGAGAUAAUAGUGCGUAUAAUCAUUAAUUUCGACAUAAUCUGUUAUACUCCUCUGAGAUAAUAUUAUUUUUAGUUAUCGAAGUGGAAUUGAGCUUUCCUUGGACUAUCAGUUGGUGUGAUGAUCGGACCAAUUUUGAGGUCAGAUUAAUAGUCAGAAUGCGUUCUAAUACAAUGUUAAGUUUUUGGGCUUCUAACUUAAAAUCAAUCGGUGAUAAACAAAUAAGCCUAAAUCCCUUAUAUAUUACUUAAGUCUAGAGGUGAGCAAAAAAAAAACAAACUCAAAAAUCUGAACCAAUCCAAUCCGAUAAAAGACAAAUCCAAACCAAAGUGAACCCGACAUAAUAUCCAAAUAGAUCUUGUUCUACGGCAUUUUGGGUUUUGAGUUUUACCCGAAUCGAUCCCAAGUCGAACCCAAAUCGAAACGGAUUUCUAGAAAAACCCGAAAAUUUUCAAAACCCCAAAAAAAUAGCAUACCACUUUGAAUAAGUACUCUAAUAAGUAUAUAUAACAUGAAAAUAACUUCAAUAUUUAGUUUAAUGUAUAUUUUUGAUAAUUAGUAAAAUAUUGAAUAUUUUAUGUUUUAAGAAUUGCAUUUAAAAUUUGAUUAUAAUUAAGUUUUCUUCAAAAGUUUCAAAACUAUUUUAAUUUUAAAUAAUGUUUAUUACGGUUAUAGUUCUUAGUUGUUAGUUUUAAAUUGUUUAUGUUUCUCUCUUCUUAACAACCACUUUUAAUCAUGCCAUCAAUCCUUUGUCAAUAUAAAUUGUUUAAAUUUUUGAAAUUUGUGAACUUAAAUAUGUAUUUCUAAUCAAAGUAUUUGGAUAAUUAAAACAUGAACUAGAAUCAAACCGAAUUUAAAACAAAGUCAACUGGCUUUUUAAGUAUUACUCUAUCUGAACUGACAUUUAACCGAAGUUUAUAAUAUUCGAAUGAGACUAAAUUUGUGCUCUCAAUAAACUCGAAUCCAAAUUGAUCCCAAAUACUCGAAACUCAUGUCUACGUAAGUCUAUUUUGUAUUUCUAAUGUGUGACUUUCUCUUUAACAGAAAAAAUUAUAUAAUGUAGUUAAAUGAUUUCGGAUUUUUUUUUGUCAACAUAUUAAUUGUUUAUAAUGUUUUAUAAGUUGAUUUGGUACUAAGAGCAUCGGUAUCGGGGGCCCUUAGGCCCGUCCCGUACGUUUAAAUGGGUUGAAUUUAAAUGAAAAAGAAAUUAAAAGAGAGUGGGACGGGCCUUAAGUAAGGGCUGUUCGGGCUCGUCCCGUUGACGACGUGGCAGCACGCGAGUGGCUGUCUCCAUCUGUGUUGUUCGCGUGUUCUUCUCCUCGAGGACUCCGAAAUCCUAAAUUAAAAAAAAAAAUUCGAAAGCUCGAAGGCGAUUGCGAUGGCGAUGGCGAAGCCUUGAUCUCCAAAUCCAUCUCUUCAAAUCGAAAGGCAACCCUGCGUCUUCUCUCUUUCACUGGAGUUGGAGAUCGGUAUUAUCUUCGCUGGCGAGGUCGCAGAUUCCGGCGUCGUUUCAUCCCCCGAUCCUUCUCCAAAGCCCAAUCCACAUCGGUUCGCUUCCGUUCCAAAACGACGAGAAGCAAUCCUCCCCAAAACCAUUGAGAAUCGUCCCAAUCUUAACAAGGUUAAGUUAAAAUGGGACAUUACAGCUAUACGCAGCCAUCAGAAGAGGAGGAUUUAUUUGGAAACAAUGAGGACAGUGACUACAGCGAGACGGAUGAUCUCAUACGACGUGACCAAGCUGAGUUAAGCUUGGAACGUACUCAACAAGUUGACUACCCUCCGCAACCGGAGGUAGAGUUUGGUUUUCCGCAGGUUUGCUAUUGUGGUGCUACGCCACUGCUAGCAACGUCUAACAACAGGCAAGAUCAAGGCAGAAGAUUUUUCACUUGUGCGAACAAAGACGACGGCGAAUGCCAUGUCUACAAAUGGUGGGAUGAGGCGCUGAUGGAGGAGAUGAGAGCCAGAGAUAUCCACGUGCUUCAGCUAGGUGAAAAGGUAGAAAGCCUAACCCUUUUGAGUGACUAUGACACAGAGCAGAAGAUACGAAACCUAGAGAAGAUUGUGGGUGAUAUGGCUAAGGAGAAAUCUUCUUUUAGUCAUGGGUUUGAGUGCUUUGUAAUAGGCAUAGUUGUUCUUGUUGUUGUAAUAGGCUUGGUUGUUAUGUUUGGAUAAUUUUAACUUCUCUAACCGGCAUGGUUUGGGUUUUUACCGGAUGUUAAGGAUAUGGUUUUGUACUCUUUAAUAUAACGCAUAAGUUUGUUUAAUUGUGCUCAAAUAGAAUGGCUGACAAUAACUAACAUGAUCGAGUUUCUUAUUUGUAACAUAACUCAUUUGUAAAUUAGAAUGGCUGACAACUAGAAUGAAAGCUGACAACUAGAAUGGUUUAUUUGUGCUCGUGACCAAAUAGCACAAAACUACCACAUGUUUAUUUCAUUUAUAACCAUAAGUCACAAGUUGAGAUUCUUUGUACCAAUAAGUGAGUUGAUAAGUCACAUGUUUAUUUUGCUUUCUACCAAUAAGUCACAAGAUGUACUAAAGAGUUAAUAUCAAUAUUCAUUCACGGGAGGAUUCGUAGACACUUCUUCUUUAUCAUAUAAGUAUUGACACUUCUUCUCUCAUCUUCUCUAAAAUUCUAAACACUUUUUUAUCUUUUGUUAAAAUUUUCUAUGGCUUCUUCUUCACAUUAUCAUUACCACAAAGAUAAUGAUGAUGAAUUAGAUGACAUAUUUGAAGAUUUAUGUGAAGAAUAUAUUGAUUUCAAUCCACAACCAAAAGAGCGAAAAACACAAGUUUUUAUCGAGAGACACCGGGAGGAAGGCCAUCAGAAGCUCUAGAAUGAUUAUUUUAGCGAGACUCCAACAUACCCGCACAAUAUAUUCCGGCGACGGUUUCGAAUGAACAAGGCAUUAUUCUUGCGUAUUGUGCAUCGUCUGUCUACAGAAGUUGAGUACUUUAAACCCAGAGUAGAUGCAACCGGACGGUCGAGUCUAACUCCGCUGCAAAAAUGUACCGCAGCAAUACGUCAAUUGGCGUAUGGUGGUGGGUCUGACACAGUUGACGAAUAUGUCCGAAUUGGAGAAACAACAGCUCGAAGAAGUUUGCACAAUUUUGCCGCGGGAAUAAUCGACUUGUUUGGCGAUGAAUACCUAAGACGUCCCACACCAGAGGAUCUGCAAAGACUACUAUAUAUUGGAGAACAACGUGGGUUUCCAGGGAUGAUUGGAAGCAUCGACUGUAUGCAUUGGGAGUGGAAGAAUUGCCCCACGGCUUGGAAAUGAAUGUAUUCACGAGGAACCGAUAAACCAACGAUUGUCUUGGAGGCGGUAGCUUCAUAUGACCUUUGGAUUUGACACGCGUUUUUUGGAGCUCCAGGUACUAUGAACGAUCUUAAUAUUCUCGAUCGAUCACCCGUUUUUGAUGACAUUAUUAACGGAAUAGCAUCACAAGUUAACUUCCAUGUUAAUGGUAAUCCAUACAAUUUGGCAUAUUAUCUCACCGACGGUAUUUAUCCGAAAUGGGCUACUUUUAUUCAAUCUAUCCGACUACCACAAGGUCAGAAGCAUUCAUUAUUUGCUCAAACCCAAGAAGCUGUGCGAAAAGAUGUCGAGCGUGCAUUCGGAGUCCUACAAGCUAGGUUUGCCGUUGUUAGAAAUCUAUCUAAUAUUUGGGAUAAAGAAAAAAUAGGAAAUAUUAUGAGAGCAUGUAUCAUACUUCAUAAUAUGAUUGUCGAAGAUGAAAAAUCAUCAGGAACUCAGGACAACGGUCGUGAAUUUGAAGAAAGAGAAGACGUGGCUACAUUUUCUGUCAAUAUGCCUUCACCUAUCGUGAGUACAAUUGAGCGUCGCACGAGCGUUCGGAAUAGACAAGUCCAUGAGCAUUUAAAAAAUGAUUUGAUUGAAAAUAUUUGGACUAAAUUUGGACAUCUUACCCAUAACAUAUAAUUUAUAAGUUUCUAUUUGUAUUGGAAUAAAUGUUUGUGUGUUUUUUUUAAUAAUUAUGAUGUUUUGUAUUUCUAUUUUACAACUUUAUAAUUUUCUUAAGAUUUCAAUUUUAAUGUUAAACUUUUUUAAAAUAUAUUUCAUUUACAACUUCUUUUUAUAUGUUAUACAUUAUGAAAAUAAUAAAUUAAUUAAAUAAUAACCUAAGGGACCAGGAAAGUCCCACUAAUAAUCUACCAAAUUGUUUAAUGUCCUUAGUUUAGGUCCCUUAACAUAUAACCUUAAUA